AUGGCUAGAAGACCAGCUCGUUGUUACAGAUACUGUAAGAACAAACCUUUCCCAAAGUCUAGAUACAACCGUGGUGUUCCAGACGCCAAGAUCAGAAUCUAUGAUCUUGGUCGUAAGAAGGCUGCCGUUGACGAGUUCCCUCUCUGUGUCCACUUGGUUUCCAACGAGUUGGAGCAGCUGUCCUCGGAGGCCCUUGAAGCCGCCCGUAUCUGUGCCAACAAGUACAUCACCAAGAUCUCCGGAAGAGAUGCUUUCCACUUGAGAAUCAGAGUCCACCCAUUCCACGUUUUGCGUAUCAACAAGAUGUUGUCGUGUGCCGGUGCCGAUAGAUUGCAACAAGGUAUGAGAGGAGCCUGGGGUAAGCCCCACGGUUUGGCCGCCAGAGUUGACAUUGGUCAGGUCUUGAUGUCCGUUAGAACCAAGGAGUCCAACAAGGCUGUUGUUAUCGAGGGUCUCAGAAGAGCCAGAUACAAGUUCCCAGGUCAACAGAGAAUCAUCAUUUCCAAGAAGUGGGGUUUCACCAACCUGAACCGUGACGAGUACUUGACCAAGCGUGAGAACGGUGAGGUCAAGGACGACGGUGCUUACGUCAAGUUUUUGACCACCAAGGGUCCUUUGGCCAACAACUUGAAAGAGUUCCCAGCUUUCUUUGCUUAA